AUGUUCUCUUCCGCGACUGCUGGCAAAUCCGUCGACAGCCUCUCCACGCUGUCGCCUGGUCCUCGCCAUGAAGUCUCUCUUCAUAGUCGACCCGGCCAAGGCCACCCUCGUUCCCCUUCAAGGCGAAACUCUGCGGCGAGCUCUAUUCAUUCGAUAGGUGGCGUUCUGGAUAGCUCAUCCAGCACCUGGGCCAACUCUGUGUACGAGUCUGGCCAAAAUGCUAUCUCAACCCUGCUACAGCCCCCUAUUGUUAGAACCGGCUUUCAACCACAUACAGCAGCACCGUCGUCGAGCUCGCACAAACCCCCCACUGCCCGUGACAUCCCACCUGUUACUCUGACCAACAUUCCCAUUAUCGAUGCGGCCGAGUUCAACCCGUAUCUUGCGCAAGUUGGAGCCUUAUAUGAGCAAUUGCGGCGCGUUAAAGAGAGCGAGGACGAAUUUGACACUACUCGCCGCAAUUCCAAACCAGACGAGCAGGCAGAUGCCGGGUCGGAGGGUCUGCUCCGGCCAAGCACGAAACCAAGUAGGCGAGGGUCGACCGCUUCAGUUACAUCGCUGGCAUCUGUCGACGCACCGAGUCCUUCGCGCAGAUCUAGCUCUGGAUUCGGUCGCAAAGCCGUACAUGGACCUGCGCCGCUAUCGACUAUUCCGACCGUGUACUUUGACCAAGACUUUCAUCUCGAGAACCCGAGGACAUUCGACGUUGUCAGCGAACGAUCCGAAGUAAUUAAGCCUCCACCAUCGAGCAAGGACAGCACCUCAACUUCCGCCGCUCCAAGAAAAGCCUUGGCAACAAAUGCAAUCCUUCAAGAAAAGCUGUCGUGGUACAUGGACACCAUUGAGGUUCAUCUGAUCAAUUCAAUAUCCACAGCAUCCACAACCUUCUUCACCGCCCUGGGGUCUUUGAAGGAACUGCACUCUGAAGCUGCAGAGUCCGUGGAAAGGAUAAAGGCCCUCAGGCAGGAACUCGAAGCACUUGAUCAGGAGAUAGCCACCAGCGGUCUGCUGAUUGCUCAAAAGCGGCGACGGCAGGAGAACCUGCGGAAAUUGAACGAUGCCGUGUAUCAAUUGCGACAUAUUGUAGACGGCGUUGGUCGCUGCGAAUCACUAGUCGAUGCUGGUGAGGUGGAUAAAGCUUUGAGAACGAUUGACUCUCUAGAGAAGCUGAUAGCUGGUGAGCGUGCCGAAGUGGAGGGGAUCGAAACAGCGGGCAUGGAGUUGCGGGAUUUGCGAGGAGCGUCAGCGUUGCAAGGUGUCCACCAGGACUUAAAUACCCUGCGCUUCAGAGUUGGAAAAGCCUACGAAUCACAAUUUGCCAGUGUCUUGCUAGCAGACUUGCGCAAACACGCCGAGUCUGUUUCCACCCCAGACGUCCUUCUGCGAUGGAACAACGCAGCAUCCAGAUCACGGGGCGGCCACACACGAUCACCUUCAGUAUUCCCUUCGUAUCUUGCGGCAACAGAAGGGCUCAAAGCACAGCUUAUACCCAACAUGAAGGGACUGCAUCGUGCCAAGUACGUUGUAACUGCCGCGAUGGCAUACCGAGACGCAGUCCUCCGAGAAAUCCGUAACCUGAUUCGACGCCCUCUUCCGAGUUCCAGCGAUGACGAUAACGAGUCCAUGCUGUCUGUGUCGACAGCCAGCGGAAGCAGGCAUUUGUCUAGCCAGGAGAAAUCUGCCAACUUGGCAAGAAACCUACGAGCCCUAGACGCGGAAGAUGCAGAAGAUCUGCUAGUCAAAAUUUAUGUUGGUGUGACAGAGACGUUGAGACGCUUGACCACGCAAGUCAAAGUGCUUCUGGAUAUUGCGAGCAACCUCUCAGACGAGUCUAACGCAGAUGGUGUCAAAUCACCGCCGGUCAAGUCGCCAGUUACCAGUCCCCGCCCGGACCGGCACAUCUCCAACCCAAUGGCCGCAGUCGAUAUCGAGCUGCAGGAGGAACUUCACAAGAGUCUGGAUAUCAAUAGUCUCCUAACACAAGCCGUCGAUAUCGCCAACGACAAAAUUGUCAAGAUUCUCAAGGUCAGAGCAGAACAGGCCACUCAUUUGCCAUUGGACUUGUUCCUCCGAUAUUUCACUCUUAAUUUGUACUUUGCAAACGAAUGCGAGGCCAUCUCGGGACGGAGUGGUACUUCUCUCAAGACAGUGGUCAACGGACAUAUCAAAGAGUUUGUUCAACGGAACCGUGAUACCGAGAUGCAGAAGCUUGCCCAAGGCAUGGAGUCAGAUCAAUGGAACGCAAAAGAUUUCACAGAGACCAAUACAAAGCUCCUGGAUCUGAUACUGGACUCCAGUACGCAGGAUGCCUCAGUGUGGACAGAGAACAACAAGAUUUGGAUUCCGUAUCGCGAGCUGGAGAAGCCUGAUGCAAUAACUGAGCCCCCCGAGACCAACGGCACAAGUAAAGAAAAGACCCGGUCUGCGGUUAUUGAGUUAGAAAAGUUCAUUUUACCCAAUUCGGCAAUAUUAUGUCUGGAUGGCAUGGGCAACUUUUUGCAUUUGAUUGCGGGAAUACCAUCAAUGACAACAGAUGUAGCAUCUUCAUUGAUUGCGUAUCUCCAACUUUUUAACUCUCGAUGCACACAGUUAAUCCUGGGUGCUGGUGCGACUCGUUCCGCGGGACUUAAAAAUAUCACCACAAAGCACCUCGCUCUCGCGUCACAGGCAUUGUCGUUUACGGCUACUCUGGUUCCUCACAUACGCGAGUUCGUCCGAAGCCACGCCGGUUCAGGGGCUGGAGUGUCGAACCUCAUGGGAGAAUUUGACAAAGUACGUAGACUCUUACAGGAACAUCAAAGCAGCAUUCACCAAAAGCUGGUCGAUAUUAUGAGUGGUCGUGCAGCUAUCCAUGCCAAGAGCAUCAGGGCUAUUGACUGGGACACCGCAAAGCAAGGAGUGGUCCAGCCGUAUAUGGAAAUUCUUGUCAAAGAAACAACUACGCUACAUCGUGUUCUUACCAAGCAUCUUCCCGAAACAUCGAUUCAGGUGAUUAUGGGACCCGUCUUUGCCAGCUACAAGGACCAGCUAGGAGCUCCUCUAAAAGAGGCCAAUCCCAGGACAGAAGCUGGACACCAGAGUAUGGUGCGAGAUGUAGAUUUCUUUUCAUCACGACUAGGCAAGAUCAAUGGAUUUGGAGAUGCCGGAGACUUUCUUGGCGACAUUGUCAAGUCGAAGGAGGUGAAACCCAAGACGCCAGAGCCAACAGAGAGCACGGAAGAGCCCAAUGGCAACGACCAGACAGAAGACGACAAGAAGACCAGUGAGGCCACGCCAACAGAAGAAGCGGAGGAGACUGAGGGAGCAAAGGAACAAGACGGAGAUGAGGGGCCAUCCAAGGAAGGUGAUGCCAAGUCACCAGAAGUUUGA